AUGAGGUGCGGCCAGCCGGCGAGCAGGGUGCUCAGCGGGCGGGCGAGGAGGCCAUACAUGAGAGUAUGGGACCAGGUGUGUAUAUCAAUGUCGCCGGCAAUUCUUUUGCUGCUGUUACCUUAUGUCCUCCAACCGAUGCCAACUUCAUUUGCUCAAGAAUGGACGUCACCAUUCAGCAAUGAGACUGCUACUGACAGGGACGCCCUGCUCCAGUUCAAGGCAAGCCUGAGCCAGCAGUCGCCCGCACUUGUCUCAUGGAACACAACUAGUGAUUUCUGCCACUGGACUGGGGUUACCUGCAGCCUGAGGCACAAGGGCAGGGUGUCAGCUCUGAAUCUAUCGUCGGCGGGCCUUGUUGGCACCAUUUCCCCUGCCAUCGGAAACUUAACAUUCUUGAAGAUCCUUGACCUUAGCUCAAAUAAGCUGCAGGGCGAGAUUCCGUCUACCAUUGGCCGCCUUUGGCAGUUGCAGUAUCUGAUUUUCACUGGAAACUCACUUCAUGGUGGAAUCACUGACGGGUUAAGCAACUGCACUGGUCUUGUAAACAUCAUUCUUGACAAGAACCAUCUUACCGGGGAAAUCCCCUCUUGGCUUGGUGGUUUUCCAAAGCUUGUGGCUUUGAUCUUGUCAAAGAACAAUUUGACCGGCAGCAUCCCGCCAUCCCUGGGCAAUCUCACAUACCUGCAGGUGUUAUAUCUCCAGUAUAACCAGCUUGAGGGUUCCAUCCCAAAAGAGCUUGGAAGGCUCAAGAACCUCCAGUGGUUUGCAUUGCUUGCGAACCACCUCUCGGGUGAGGUCCCGGAAGCUGUGUUCAACCUAUCAUCAGUGAUUGGAUUCGGUGUGGAUCAAAAUGAUCUGCAUGGUACACUGCCAUCCAACUGGGGAAACAACCAACCAAACCUUGAGUUCAUCUACCUCGCAGUGAAUCACUUCACAGGGAAUGUUCCGGCCUCCCUUGCCAAUGCAACCAUGAUUGAUACCAUAGACCUGGGUCUCAACAAUUUCACUGGAAGGAUGCCACCGGAGAUAGGAACACUUUGCCCAAGCAUUUUUUCCUUUGACUCAAACCAAAUUGAGGCAAGCACCAUGGAGGGCUGGGAGUUCGUCACGCUCUUGACCAACUGCACCUGGCUACGUGUGCUUAGCUUCCGGAACAAUAUGCUUGCGGGUCAGUUGCCAGCCUCUGUCGGAAACUUAUCAUCGACACAUCUGCAGGUGCUUUACACUGGAUUCAACGAGAUCUAUGGGAAUAUACCUCCUGGCAUUGGUAAUCUUGUAAACUUGCAGAAGCUUUUCCUCAGCCACAACCAUUUCAGCGGUGUUCUGCCAAGCACAAUUUAUCGUCUGAAAAUGAUGCGGGCUUUGGGAAUCGAUGGCAACAUGCUGUCGGGGACAAUUCCACCCUCAAUCGGUAAUCUAACACUGCUUCAGAUAAUCACUAUGGACAACAACAAUCUUGAGGGAUCUCUUCCUUCUAGCAUUAGCAACCUGCAGAUGUUGAGCGUCGCAACCCUCUCGCGCAAUGCAUUUGCAGGUCCAAUUCCCAAAGAAAUUUUUAACCUUUCGUCUCUGUCCUACAUCCUUGAUUUGUCCGACAAUCAUUUCAACAGCCCCCUUCCACCUGAAGUUGGUAGUCUUACUAAGCUUGUGUAUUUAAAUAUCUCCAGAAAUAAUCUAUCUGGUUCACUACCGGACACCCUCAGCAACUGCCAAAGCUUGCUCGAGCUCCAUUUGGAUGAUAACUCCUUUAGCGGAAGCCUCCCUACAUCUAUUAGUGAAAUGUAUGGUUUGGUAGUUCUGAAUUUGACAGAGAAUUUCUUGUCGGGUGCAAUUCCUCAAGAAUUUGGACGCAUGAAGGGCUUGGAAGAACUGUAUCUUGCACACAACAACUUGUCUGGGCAAAUUCCGAUGACCUUGCAAAAUAUGACCUCCUUGUCCCAACUUGACAUUUCUUUCAACCAUCUCAGUGGCCUAGUUCCUAUGCAAGGCGUGUUUGCCAAAUCGACAGGGUUCUUGUUUGUUGGUAACAAUGAGCUGUGUGGUGGUCUGCAGGAACUACAUUUGCCUGCUUGUCCAGUUCAUUCCAGGAAGCAUAGGGACAUGAAACGUCAUGUAGUUCUCAUAAUUAUAAUCUCUACUGGGAGCCUUUUUUGUGUGAUAUUGGUACUUCUCUCCUUUUAUUGGAGAAGGAAAAAAGGACCUCAUGCUACAACAAUGGCAGGAGCAGCCAUCUCUUUCUUGGAUGAUAAAUAUCCUAAAGUUUCUUAUGCUGAGCUGUUCCAAGGCACUAAUGGCUUUUCUGGUAGCAAUUUGAUUGGAAGAGGAAGAUAUGGGUCCGUAUAUAAGGGCACAUUGUCACUGAAAAACGUUGAAACUGAAGUAGCUGUUAAGGUUUUUGAUCUGCAGCAGUCAGGUUCUUCCAAAAGCUUUGUAGUUGAGUGUGGAGCUCUUAGUAAGAUCCGCCAUCGCAACUUGAUCAGCGUCAUAACCUGCUGCUCUAGUUCUGACUCGAAACAGAAUAAUUUCAAAGCCAUUGUGUUCGAGUUCAUGCCAAACCAAAGCCUUGACAAGUGGCUACAUUACCUUAAUCCUGAUUCAGAUGUGUCCAGACCUAUACCAGGCCUGACACUACUGCAAAGAUUGAACAUUGCUGUCAAUGUUGCCGAUGCUAUGGACUAUUUGCAUAACAAUUGCGAGCCCCCGAUAGUCCACUGUGACCUGAAGCCAAGCAAUAUUCUUUUGAAUGUGGACUUUGUUGCCUGUGUUGGAGAUUUUGGCAUUGCAAAGAUUCUUUCUGAUUCAGAAGGUGAUCCUGUGAUCAAUUCGAAUACCUUCACCGGAAUAAGAGGAACAGUUGGAUAUGUGGCACCAGAAUAUGGGGAAGGCGGUCAGGUCUCCUUGUGUGGAGAUGUCUUCAGCUUUGGAGUUCUGCUCCUUGAGAUGUUUACAGGGAAGGCCCCAACCGAUGCCAUGUUUGUGGAUGGAUUGACCUUACAGGGCUUUGUUGAGAUAGCAUUUCCAGAGAAGCUGAUGGACAUAAUUGAUCCAGUACUGCUGUCCACUGAUGAGACGUAUGCAAGAAAGCCACAACACAGAAGCAAUGGAGGGGAAGAGAUUGAAAAUGCCAUUACUUCUGUCAGUAAACUUGCGCUGUCCUGCACCAAGCUAACACCAUCAGAGAGAAAGCCCAUGAGUGAUGCUGCAGCCGAGAUGCGCAAGAUAAGGAGCUGCUAUCUCGCAAACCUACCAAGGGCAAACAAUUAA